GUACACUCAUUUAUGGGUAUUGUAGUUUAAUGGUUCCAUGCUUGUCGUCUAUGUAUAUUAAACAGGACGAUGCAUUAAACUACAUUGCCCAUAAUGCUCCGCGUGUCUGACUGUAGACCGUUGGUUAUCCGGGGAUAUCGCUACUGCUAUUUCUCCUCAGUCUAUCGUUCUACCUUUUAGAAGAUUGACACAACUAGGUAGGGAAAGAAGCAGAGAAAGGAAAACAAAACACAAGCAAAAAUGGCAGAGCUUGGAGCAGGCAGUCUGUUACAAGGGGAUCCUGCUUUAAACGAUCAAGAGCAGGAGCUAAACGAGCGUUUGAAGCGGCUCUAUCCGGCCGUGAACGAGGAAGAGACCCCGUUACCCCGGUCGUGGAGCCCCAAGGAUAAAUACAGCUACAUCGGGCUGUCGCAGAACAAUCUGCGGGUACAUUAUAAAGGUCACGGCAAAAACCACAAAGACGCGGCAUCCGUGCGAGCUACCCACCCAAUCCCCGCUGCAUGUGGCAUCUACUACUUCGAGGUGAAGAUCGUCAGCAAAGGGAGAGAUGGGUACAUGGGCAUUGGACUGUCUGCCCAGGGGGUCAACAUGAACAGACUGCCGGGCUGGGACAAACACUCCUACGGUUACCAUGGAGAUGAUGGGCACUCCUUUUGCUCCUCAGGAACCGGCCAACCAUAUGGGCCCACCUUCACGACGGGAGAUGUGAUUGGCUGCUGCGUGAACCUAAUCAACAACACGUGCUUCUACACGAAGAAUGGACACAGCUUGGGUGUGGCUUUCACAGACCUCCCACCCAACCUGUACCCUACAGUAGGUCUACAGACUCCUGGAGAGAUUGUAGAUGCUAACUUUGGCCAGCAUCCUUUCGUUUUCGACAUAGAGGACUACAUGAGCGAGUGGAGGGCAAAGAUCCACAGCAUGAUCGCUCGCUUCCCUAUCGGAGAGAGACUCGGAGAGUGGCAGACGGUGCUGCAGAAUAUGGUAUCCAGCUACCUGGUGCAUCAUGGGUACUGCUCUACUGCCAUGGCUUUUGCCCACGCCACAGAGACCAUGAUACCGGAGGACCAGGCCUCCAUAAAAAACAGACAGAGAAUACAGAAGCUUGUAUUGGAGGGUCGUGUUGGAGAAGCCAUCGAAGCCACACAUCAGCUGUACCCCGGACUCCUAGAACGCAACCCAAAUUUACUCUUCAUGUUGAAGUGUCGGCAGUUUGUGGAGAUGGUGAAUGGUACAGACAGUGAGGUACGAUGCUUUAGCGUCCACUCCCCCAACACCCAGGACAGUUAUUCCGGUUCCCCAAGCCUUAGCCCCCGGCACGGAGCCACCAACCCCCACCUGCACAGCACAGGAGCAGACAGUCCUACGUGCAGUAACGGUGUGACGGCUUCUAACAAAAACAAGGGCCACACCAAAUACCCCGGAGCUGGCUCCGCCUCCUCUUCCCCUUCCUCCUCACCAUCCUCCGUCAACUAUUCUGAGUCCAACUCCACAGACUCCACCAAGUCCCAGCCACACAGCACCACCAGCAACCAGGAAACCAGUGACAGUGAGAUGGAGAUUGAGGCAGAGCACUACAGUAACGGAGUGGCUGAGAACUCCUCCUCUCACAUCGUAAACGGCACCUACAAGCACCAGGAGAUCAUGCAAGGGGAUGACAACAGUGUGGGAAAUGGAGUAACAGAGGACAGCUGUGGCUCGAGGCAGCUGUGUGGGGGUAACCAGGCUGCUACGGAGCGCAUGAUCCAGUUUGGACGUGAGCUGCAGGCACUCAGUGAGCAGCUCUCACGCCAGUAUGGCAAGAACGCUGUGCACAAGAAGAUGCUGCAGGAUGCAUUUAGUCUACUGGCAUACUCUGACCCAUGGAACUGCCCAGUGGGCCAGCAGCUGGACCCCACACAGAGAGAGGCCAUCUGCUCUGCUCUCAACAGCGCCAUCUUGGAGUCUCAGAAUUUACCCAAGCAGCCCCCCCUUAUGCUUGCACUGGGGCAGGCCACAGAGUGUGUGCAGCUCAUGGCCCGUGUGCGUUCCGGCUCCUGUUCAUUUGCCAGAGUUGACAACUUUUUGCACUAGCCCAAGUCCAGGCAAUGAUCAGGACAGUUAUGAAGAGGACUUUCCAGCUUUCCGGGUUGCCAUGAGGAACACACUUGUUUGAAACGGUGCAUUCACUUGCCGCAGGCAGUUCGGAUGAGAGAUGACUAGUAACAUGGAGGAGAGGCUUCUUUUUAAUUUUAGUAUUAUUAUAAUACAAACUGUGUGACACUAUUUAAAGGCAAUUAAUUAUUCUGUUCUAUUCUAGUCACUUUUUUAUUUUAUUUUAGUUCCUGUUUUGUCAGUUUGUUGUGCUCACCUUGACAUUGAACCAGAAUUCCCUUCUUUGUUUUUAUGGGUGGAUUCAGUGCAUAGUGUUCCAUUCACACAGCAUAUCGAGGGUAACACAUAGCAGUAAAGUCUUCUUCAAAUUCAAAGAAGCAACACACCUCCCUAUUCAGAACUCAGGUAUUUCCUAUACGUGUCAUUCAGCAUGUAGAAGGAGGUAUUGCUGCAGCAGCUAGCAGUACUGUGUGACUACUCAGUAAGGCUUUGCUUAUAUACAGUAUGAAUAUCAAAUGUAAUUUUACUGGCUACUACACCGCAGGUCUGUUUUGUGCAGAAUUCCCAUGCGUCUCGCCUCCAAGCUAAUAGUUCACCUCUGGCACCAGCACUAGUGUUUUUCUUAGAUGCGAAUCAUACAGACGCAUUGCAGACCCAGACUUUCUAAGAUUUUUUUUUUUUUUUUUUUUUUU